CCGAGCAACUGUGUCCCGCAGUCAAAUUUACCUUGUGGCAACGCCAGUCUAGGGUUUUAGGGCUCUGCCGUUGUUAAACCCCUAGCUCCGGUAAUGGAGGGCUUGGGGAUUUCGGACACAAAUCUCAAAGUAUUCUUACACCCCUCCAAGAGCGGCGACGUCAACGCCGCAAUUCACCACGAGCUCAGCUCCAUGAUUUUCAAGUUUGAUGAUAAUUUGGAUGGUGCCUUAGUUGCUUACAAGUUUGACAUUUCGUCUAAGGAUGCAAAGAUUCUCAAUGGGGUUUAUCCUUAUUUUGCUGUGAACCUAAGAGCAAAGCUGUUACUCUUCUCUCCAAAGCCCAAUAUGCUUGUAGAAGGGAAGGUGGUGAAAGUCACACGAAGAUCCAUUUCUGUCAUUGUUCUCGGCUUUUCAUGUGCCUUCAUAAAAGAGGAAGAUAUUCGCGAGGAGUUUAAAUAUAAGAAUAAACGUGGCAAGCAAGUAUAUAUUAGCCGAUAUCAGAAGCGGCAUGUAAUAAAAGUUGGAACUAUGAUACGACUCUCAGUCAACAGUUUUGAUGUGGAGACACUGCACAUAAAUGGUUCUUUGCGUUCGGCUCACACAGGGAGUAUUCGCUUUUUGGAUAAAGAUAAGGAAGAUGAUGCACUUACAGUCAGAAUUUUUAGGAGUAAGAGGAGAAGAGAAAAUGAGGGGGAGUCGGUUAUGCAAGAGCCCUGUACAACAGGGCCUAAUACAAAAAUUAAGGAAGGGCCUGGUUCAACUGGUAUGGAAGCAAUUUCUUUUAAUAGUGACCAGUAUAUUAAGAAGUCGAAGAAGCACAAGACAAGGUAAAGAAGCUUGAAGAGCACCGUGGGGGUUCUACAUUCUUGUGGUUUGGCGGCUAUUUUUUGUUAAUUUCCAGUAGCAUCAAUGUUGUGUUCUGCAUGAGCCAGAUUCUGAAGCCUCAAAAGAAAGAACAUGGAUACAGCCUCAAAGUCCUUGAUAGAGAUGGAUUCUUAAAUGUUAUUGUUAUUUGGUUUUAGAUGUUUAGGAUUUGUACCGUGAUAUGCUUUUAACUGCGUGACUAAUAUCAGCCUUCGAGGUUAUGUGAAACAUGAUGUAACGUUUUCCUUAUAAUGGAAUUGAAGCUCAGUUGAUCAUUUGUUGGGUCAUAUGA